AUGUCUCACAGAAAAUACGAAGCUCCUCGCCACGGUUCCCUUGGUUUCCUUCCAAGGAAGCGUGCUGCCCGACACAGGGGACGUUGCAAGGCUUUCCCCAAGGACAAUGCUAAGAAGCCAGUCCACCUCACCGCUGCUCUUGGUUACAAGGCCGGUAUGACCACUAUCGUCAGAGAUUUGGACCGACCUGGUGCCAAGAUGCACAAGAAGGAGAUUGUUGAAGCCGUCACCGUCAUUGAAACCCCACCAAUGAUUGCUGUCGGUGUUGUCGGCUACAUUGAGACUCCCCGCGGUCUCCGAUCCCUCACCACUGUCUGGGCCGCCCACUUGAGCGACGAAAUCCGACGAAGAUUCUACAAGAACUGGUACAAGUCGAAGAAGAAGGCUUUCACCAAGUACGCCAAGAAGCACUCCGAGACCAACGGCUCUGCCAUUGAACGUGACCUUGAGCGCAUCAAGAAGUACUGCACUGUUGUCCGUCUCAUUGCCCACACCCAGAUCCGCAAGACCCCACUCAAGCAGAAGAAGGCCCACAUGAUGGAAAUCCAGAUCAACGGUGGCAGCAUCGCUGAGAAGGUUGACUUCGCCAAGAACCUCUUCGAGAAGCCAAUCGAGAUCCCAUCCAUCUUCGAGAAGGACGAGGUUAUCGAUAUCAUUGGUGUUACCAAGGGUCACGGUUUCAACGGUGUUACCUCCCGUUGGGGAACCAAGAAGCUGCCGAGAAAGACUCACAAGGGUCUCCGAAAGGUCGCUUGUAUUGGUGCAUGGCAUCCUGCCCACGUUCAAUGGACUGUUGCCCGUGCUGGUCAAUAUGGUUACCAUCACAGAACCUCGGUAAAUCACAAGAUUUACCGUGUCGGUUUGGGCUCGGACCCCAACAACGCCUCCACCGAGUACGACGUUUCCAACAAGACCAUCACCCCAAUGGGUGGUUUCGUCAGAUACGGUCCAGUCAAGAACGACUUCAUCAUGAUCAAGGGAUCGUGCCCUGGUGUCAAGAAGAGAGUCCUUACCCUAAGAAAAUCUCUCAUCACCCACACCAGCAGGAAGGCUCUCGAGAAGGUUGAUAUCAAAUGGAUCGAUACCUCCUCGAAAUUCGGUCGUGGUGGCUUCCAGACAAGCGAGGAGAAGUCCAAGUUCCUUGGAACCCUCAAGAAGGAUGUUGCUGCUUAA